AUGUCAUUGACCACCUCUUUGAAGCGCACGAACCCGGCCACCCUCGAGAUAAAACAAGUUGAAGCCUCUAGUUAUGAGCAGCUCCUUGGGCUCAUUGCCAACUGUUGUUUACCCAUUUACCCAGACCCAGGUAUCAAAGAUCUUGCCUCCGAAGAAGUCGACGCAGUAGCGAAGCCUAUGCAUUCUGACUACUCGCCCAAAGAUCUCAACUGUCAAGUCCAACAGCACGAGCGGAUGCUCAUUUACGCUCGGAAAAUUGAACCGCAUGAGUGCAGCGUGCUCAGCCACCGUCAUGCCCGUCUUCACGCCGGACGCCAGUUCGACGGAGAAGUAACCUCGCUCGGCGACGGUCUUGUUCAAGUCAUGCUUCGUCGCCCGGUCCCGGAUCCGGAACAUACAGUUCUUGAGCUCAUCGCCGGGACGGACCUGCGGGAAGAGCGGAAAUUUACCCAAGCUGGGGAUUCCCCCGGUGCCGCUAUCAUGGACAAUGCUGAAGCCGGUGACGUUGCUUCCAUCGGUCGAGAAUUCGCCGGUUCUGUCUCCGUCGACGUCACACGCGGCCUUGGCGAGGCCGUACGGUGUUGUUGCGUCGGCGAAAACGUUUCGGCCGCAUUGGGAGCCGACCAAGGGGUUUGCGAAGGCUAA